AUGACUGGUUGUUUAAAAAGAGGGAUAUUUAGGACAAAUCAGAAUGUCCGAGCAUGUCAAAGAUGGUCAGUGUCAGCCGUGAAAGGAUUCAUGAAAGGCUAUAAAAAGCAAACACUCGCAUUGUUCAGGGCCCUCUUGUAUGCUGUGGAACGGAGGGAGCAGGCCCCAGCCCCCCUGGCUGAGCUGCGGGAGGGAGCAGGCGGACGGGAGGCGGCCGGCACUCAUGGGACCACUGAAAGGGAAAGUAACUUUGAAGGGCCGGCGGGGAGGACGCGAGGGCGCACUUCGCGGACCAGCCCCCCUCAGCCGCCUGACUCCACGGUGGCUUUACCCCUUCGGGAAAUAGGACCCCCGGAUGACACAGGAAUCCCCAGGCUCCAGUACUGGCCAUUCUCCACCAGUGAUCUGUAUAACUGGAAAACUCAGAGUGCUCGGUUUUCAGACAACCCCAAGGAUUUACUGGCUUUACUAGAUAGUGUCAUGUUCACCCACCAGCCCACUUGGGAUGAUUGUCAGCAGCUCCUCCGAAUUUUGUUCACCACGGAAGAGCGAGAGAGAAUACAGAUAGAAGCUAGAAACCUGGUCCCGGGGGACGACGGUCAACCGACUGCCAACCCCGACCUCAUAAACGCAACCUUUCCUCUGACCAGGCCGGCGUGGGACUACAACACGGCAGAAGCCUUACAGAAAAUUCACCAAGAAAUCUGGCCCAAGCUGAGAGAGCUAUAUGAGACCAGUCCCCCACCGACACCCCAUCCGUACCAGCCGGGAGACUGGGUCCUGGUUAAGCGACACCGACAAGAGACCCUAGAGCCCAGGUGGAAAGGACCACUCCAAGUACUCCUGACCACACCCACCGCCCUGAAGGUAGAAGGCAUUGCGUCGUGGAUCCACUACACCCACGUCAAGCCAGUGGACCCAACCUCCGACCUUCUGGGGCCAAUCACGGCGGCGGCGGCUGAAGCACCGGACACGUGGACUGUGGACAGAGCUAAGAACAACCCCUUAAAACUCACCCUGCGCCGGCAGCAUAACUCACUGCAAACAUGCAGUUAGGUAGUCUAACUCUAACAUUAGUCGCCCUAGUGGCCGCUGGGGAAAACAUAAAGCCAGCUCCUAAUCCCUUUGUCUGGAGAUUCUGGCUUUAUGAAAA